CCUCCCGUAAGUACCAUAACGCCCUUCGUCGGGUGUUCUGUGGUACCCGACUGCUGCUUUAAACGGCAGCACUGACAUGGAAACCCCAUUGCAGCUGCAGAACGAUUUCUUUCCAGAGCGGCAGUUCCAGCACUGUAAGUACCAGCACUACUGCGGGCGGGAGGAUCGGGUCGGCAAGCAGCACGACCAAUGCUGCACCUGCAAUAACUGCACCUGUGAUGCGAGAAAAAGCCUCGUCUUUCGCGGGACGUCGCCGACCACUGUGGGAACUUUAAGGACACCUUCGGAAACGUCUUCGAGACAAGGCUGCCAGUACAGCGUCUGCGAGUUCACACCCUCUAGUCAUGGUAGUUUAUCCAGGCAUCAUCAUCCUCACCAUCAGCAACAGCAUUGCCGCGAUCGGCAGCGGGGCAGCCUGGGCAGCAGCCACAAAGACAGUAACUCCUACAAUGAAAUAGCCAUGAGCAGCUGCAGAUAUAACGGCGGCGUAAUGCGGCCGCUGAGCAACUUGAGCUCGUCCCGCAGAAACAUACACGAGUUUGAUUCCGAGUCCCAGCCGCUGCAGCCCAUAUCAGCUGCAGAUGCGUCGGACACUUUAGUAUCCAAGCCGGAGAAUAAUUCCACCACCCUGAUGCCUUACGCAUCGGGAGACGGAGGGGGAGGCUGCGGCCACAGCGGCGGUAAAUCGGGUAAAAAGAAGAACCAGAACAUUGGGGAAAAGCUCGGACACAGGAGGGCCUUGUUUGAGAAAAGGAAGCGGCUGAGCGACUAUGCUUUAAUCUUUGGGAUGUUUGGGAUCGUUGUUAUGGUUAUAGAGACUGAACUCUCAUGGGGAGCUUAUGGAAAGGAGUCCCUGUAUUCAUUAGCUCUAAAAUGCCUGAUAAGCCUUUCUACAAUCAUUCUCCUGGGGCUGAUUAUCAUAUACCAUGCAAGAGAGAUCCAGUUAUUUAUGGUGGACAACGCAGCUGAUGACUGGAGGAUAGCCAUGACAUAUGAGCGCAUCUUCUUCAUCUGCCUGGAGAUCCUGGUGUGCGCCAUUCACCCCAUCCCAGGGAAUUACACCUUCACCUGGACGGCACGCCUGGCCUACUCCUACGUGCCAUCCAAGACGGAUGCGGAUGUGGACAUCAUCCUGUCCAUCCCCAUGUUCCUGCGGCUAUACCUCAUUGCUCGUGUCAUGUUGCUGCACAGCAAGCUCUUCACUGACGCCUCGUCCCGCAGCAUCGGUGCACUCAACAAGAUUAACUUUAAUACACGCUUUGUGAUGAAGACCCUCAUGACCAUCUGUCCCGGCACUGUGCUGCUGGUCUUCACCAUCUCGCUGUGGAUCAUCGCUGCAUGGACUGUGAGAGCUUGCGAGAGGUACCAUGACAACCAGGACAUAACCAGCAACUUUCUAGGAGCCAUGUGGUUGAUUUCAAUCACAUUUCUUACCAUUGGAUAUGGGGAUAUGGUCCCAAACACAUACUGUGGGAAAGGAGUCUGCCUCCUGACUGGCAUAAUGGGCGCUGGCUGCACUGCCUUGGUGGUGGCUGUGGUGGCAAAGAAACUGGAAUUAACCAAAGCUGAAAAACACGUCCACAAUUUUAUGAUGGACACCCAGCUAACAAAAAGAGUGAAAAACACAGCUGCGAAUGUUCUCAGGGAGACGUGGCUCAUCUAUAAGAACACCAAACUGGUGAGGAAGAUGGACCACGCCAGAGUCAGGAAGCACCAGAGGAAAUUUCUCCAAGCCAUUCACCAGGCUCAGGUGGUAAUUUAUUGGGUUCUGAAUGGUCUUGUGUUCAGAUUGAGAAGUGUUAAAAUGGAGCAACGCAAGCUGAAUGACCAAGCAAACUCACUAGUGGACCUUGCUAAGACUCAGAACAUCAUGUAUGACAUGAUAUCGGACUUGAAUGAGAGAGGAGAGGACAUGGAGAAGAGGAUCGCCCUGCUGGAGACAAAGCUGGAGACGCUACUGAGUAACUUGCAGGCUCUGCCAGGUCUCAUCAGCCAGGUCAUCAGCCAGCAGCACAGGGACUUCCUGGAGGUGCAGCUCCAGCCUUAUGACAAACACAGCCCUGAGCGCUCACAGUCAGUGUCCCGGCGGAGGUCGUCCUCCACAGCACCGCCCACCUCCUCCGAGAGCAGCUAGAGUCCAAGGGGAAUGCCUCCAAUGAAGACUUUUGCCAUCAUAUGGCCGAGUUGCAUUUAUCGUAAAGCCUUAUGGUUUCAAUAAGUAUUAUCCAAAUUCUGAUGACAGAAUCCAAGAUACUAGGGACAAUGCAUUUUAAUGGAUAACUUCAUGCUGUUAUUUGUUUUUUAUUACCUCAAAAGAUGUUGUUAUCCUUGCUCUGGUGACAUGACCACAAAUAAUGGCACUUCCCUCAGUAGAAACUAAAAGGCCUAUCGAUGGGGCUAUGAUAAGAGCUCUACUCCAUCUCUAUGCAGAGAUAGCCAGUUUUAGGUGGCAAGGUUACCAUGUGUGAAACUAUUGCACUAAAAUAGUGCUUCUCACAGACUUUGUGCUUCUGCUGGCUUGAUUCAGUUGCCGUGUUCCUCAAAGAAAACUGAGAAACCACUGAGAAAUUAGUCAGGGAGCAUGACAGUGAUAUUGAGGAAAAGUGCUGUGUUUGAUGGACUGGACUGACACCAGAAGGCAGAUGAAAAUCGCUCCUACACACUGUCACUCAGAGAUAACUUAAAAAGCUUGAAAUGAGGAAAAAAAGCAUAUAUCUUUUAGGUUAGAAACAGCAUCAACUAUAGCGAUUUUCUUUUGCAGAGUGCCCCUGUAGAAUGACUAUUUUUGGGGCGACGUUGCAAAUAAUUUAAUCCUCUAGUCAAACUGAAUGCAUCAAGAUCUGUACUUGCACUUACUUUUUAAUCAAUGCACUUCAAUGCUGACUGACGUAUGAUAUAAAGAUGCGUUGCUCAUUAAAAGAAGAACAUUUGAGAUGUUUGGGCAUGGGUUUAUUAUUGUCAAUUCUCAAGUUGUGGGUAGUGUUGAUGAAUCCAAUCAAAGCCCUUUUUCUGUUCUCCACAAAGAAGCAUUAACUUAGACUUGUAGAGGUCUACGGAAAAGUAUUGAGUGAUCACAAACUCAGUAAUUACCCCUUGUCUUGCUGUGUCUCACCUCCUGCCCUCCCUUCCUGUGCUAUUUAUGCUUGCUGUCACCCCAGCUGGGCAACAAUAAAUGCUGAACCACAACUUGUUGAAACCAUAUCUACCUUUUAAAAAGAAAAUGCCUAUUUUUAUAUAUUUUGAUGAGGACAAGCACACCUCCUACAACUAAACAAACAAUGGGGAUGUUUGAAGUGACAGAUUCAGCAUAUCUAGCACAUGGUUUAAUAUCUUGGACUGGAGUUAAGGUACAUAAAUUCAUCUAUUAUAGACUAUUUAAAAAUUGCAUUAUUCUUCAGAUUGCAUUUAUUUUUUACAGCAAAUGCUUUAGAUGACACUGUUGGCUGAGCUGGAAGAGCAAUGCUGGUAAAUUUACCUACAGUGGCUGGCAUUUAUUAGGUAAUUUUUAUUAGGUUUUAAUGUCAAAAAUCAAAUUAAGAUAUUUAAAUUUGAUUGAAAUUUCCUCUUUGGCCUUUCAUACAGUCGGCCUCCAUAUUAACUGUGUGAAAAGCCCUGUUGUGGCCAAUACACACUCUGGACAUUAUUAUUCACCAUAUGGACAUAGUUGUUUAUGCAACUGUUUCAAGGUUCACAGAACAUAUGGGUCAGAGGAGAUCUGGUCAAAUCAGCAGCACUGAUAUUGUUCAACCAGCCAACCUAAUAACCAACAAUUGUCAAUCAGAUGGUCAACAAUAAUGACAGAUGUUCAGUCCACAAACUUCAGCAACAUAGAAACCAACAAGAGAUUAUACUGUA